AUGGCGGCCACCAAGGACAGUCAUGAAGACCAUGAUACCUCCACAGAGAAUGCAAAUGAAUCCAACCAUGACACUCAGUUCGAGCCAAUAGUUUCUCUUACUGAGCAAGAAAUUAAAACACUGAAGGAAGAUGAAGAGGAACUUUUCAAGAUGCAGGCAAAGCUAUUAAGGUUUGCUUCAGAGAAUGACCUCCCAGAAUGGAAGGAGCGAGGCACUGGUGAUGUCAAGCUCCUGAAGCAUAAGGAGAAAGGGACCAUCCGUCUUCUCAUGAGGAGGGACAAGACUCUGAAGAUAUGCGCCAACCACUAUAUCACACCCAUGAUGGAGCUGAAGCCCAGUGCUGACAGCAACCGUGCCUGGGUCUGGAAUACUCACGCCGACUUUGCUGAUGAGUGCCCCAAGCCUGAACUGCUUGCCAUCCGCUUCCUAAAUGCUGAGAAUACACAAAAGUUCAAGACAAAGUUUGAAGAAUGCAGGAAAGAGAUUGAAGAGAGAGAAAAGAAAAGACCAGGCAAAAAUGAUAACGCUGAAAAGGUGGCUGAGAAGCUGGAAGCCCUUUCUGUGGGGGAGGCCAGAGAUGAGGCUGAAGAGAAAUCUGAGGAGAAGCAAUGAAUCUGUCUGUCCUUUUCCUUCCUUUUUCUUUUUAAAAAAUUUCCCUGCCCUUUAAGGUUUGUUUUUAUUCUGCUUUGUUUUUACAAGGGACUUUAUAAAGAACUGAAUUCCAA